CGCGAGCGAGAGGGAGAGUGAGAGCGGGAGAGUGAGAGAGAGAAAGAGAGAGGUAGAGAGUAGAGUGAGAGAGGGUCCCGGCUUUGCGCAAAAGUUACGACGGAGCGAGGAGCAGUGAGACACAUCACGGAGACCGGAAGAGAACCCUCUCUCCCUGAAGAAGUCCUCCGAUGUAAAGAAAGAGAAAGAGAGAGAGAGAGGGGGAAUAAAAGAGAGAGAGAGAGAGAGAGAGAGAGACAGAGAAUAAAACAAGGAGAAAGAGCGGGAGAGAAAGAUAGACAGGCAAGAAGAGAGAGGGAGAGAAAGAGAGAGAUAGCGAACACGCGCGAAAAACAUACGUCGACUCCAAUCGAGAGUGUCACCGCUUGUGUGCGCGCGGGAGUGCGAUACGGACCAUCACGAGGAAAACUGACAACGACGUCAAGUGUCCUCUUCGCUGUUCGCCGCGUGUUCACACCGCGAAUACACGUGGUAACGACAUAGUCCUCCCACUUCCGGAUAUCCUACGGAAGUGCACCAAUUCGAUUGGAUCUCUUACUAGUUACCUGAAGCCUGAAGUGAUCUCGUUGCAAAUUACAUAGUUACAAAUCGAUGUGUUAUUACCUGCGACCAACCUUUGCGAAUGACAAAUUUGAAAGACAACAGAUACAUCCCCUGCUGUGACACAUAUUAUCAUCGUAUUUUCGAUCAUUGAAACGUGUUUCUUGGUGCAGACAUAAGAUGAAAUAGAAAUGUCAAGGAAAUAUCUCCGAAAGAUUUAACUGCUCCAGUCUACUGAGAAAUUUGUUUCUUUGAAAGCUUUGCUGGUCCUAUACGAUUGCUGCUGAUUGUUAGCGGAAAGAGAUAUAAGGAAGUGAAGGAGUUGAAAGAAAGUGAAUAAGGAAAAAAAGGAGAAGAAAAAAGGGAAGAAGAAAAAAACAAAUAGAAAAAAAAGAAGAAACGAAGAGAAGAAGAAGCCUCGAAGCUGAGACCAGAACUCGUUGCACGUUCGCCGCUUACGUACCAGCAAGAGCGGGCCGUGUUGUGUAAGAGCUGAAAGUAAAAGUUGAAACCGUCGACUUCAACUCACGGGAGCGCGUACCGCGCGCGCUAAAAUCCGAUCCUGCCUCCCGUAGGCUGGGUAUCGCCGAAUAUCUCUUGCUUCUCUCUCUCUGCCCGUCUUUCUCCGGCGACUUUCUCAUUUCGUUCUUCCUCCUGGAGAGAGAGAGAGAGAGAGAAAGAGAGAGAGAGAGAGAGAGAGAGAAAGAAAGAGAGAGACAGAGACAGUGAGAGCGUGCCUGCGUGUAUUCGUGCGUGCGUCCGGAUUCGCAUGAUCGCGAAUUCCCCUCCGGCGCCCUUGACGAGAAGCAUCGCCGAUGUGGAGGAUCUACGCGUCCCAGAGAAGCCGAAGAGGGCGUACUAGGGAAAGAACAAGAGAAGAGAAGAGGGACGGUGCUUCGUUCAUUGCGUAACGACGUUUUCUAGUCCGCUGCUUCGCGAAAUACACUCGCGCGUGGUAUUUCGUUCGCACGCUCGCGUUCGCGGAGGUGUGUAUAUCGGGCGCGUGUGCGGAGGUAUCCCGAAGUUUUCGAUCGUCGGGGGUGGUCCGGGGUCGAAAACGCGUGUCGCUGAGCCACGGUCGCGAGUGACACGGCGCUGACAGCGAAAACGAACGAUGGAAAGUGAUUGGUCCCGCGCGUUUCACUCCGUCCUGCAGCGCGAAACGCGAAUGUUCAAGGUCACAGUCGCUGGUAUCCCACCGGUAAUUCGUUUCCGGAAUUGCUAGAGAGUGGUCUUCGUUGUCGUCGUUGUCGUCGUCGCCGUCAUCGUCGUCAUCAUCAACAUUAUUAUCAUUAUCAACGAGCGGCAUCCCGGUAGCACCACCGUGGAAGGACUCGACGUGCGGUAUUCGCGUGCGAAUUUAACCUGUCUCUCUCUCUCUCUCUCCCUCAGUUCACGAUCGACAGCGCGCUCGCUUUUACCUCGCCGCCUCGUCCGGGCGCAAGAAGUUUCGCAAAAGGGAUUACAACACGCAGAAGAGAAAGGAGACAGACAGACAGACGGAAAGGGAGACGCGGAAGGGAAAAGGACAGCGAAGAAAGAGAGAGAGACAGUCCGAGACGGAGAGGGAGAAAAGGAGAAGGAGGAGAAGGAGGAGGAGGAGGAGGAGGAGAGGAACAGACCGCGAUACGACAACCGUGUGCGCGAAAACCGCAGGAGGAGGACGCGGAUUUCUCGCGCGGAGGACAGGAGUCCUCGCGACCGUCGCGUGGUUCGACGACGAGGACGAGGAAGACGUCGAGCGAGCCUUACCUCGGCUCGCUCUCUCGGAACGACGAGAAAGAGGCGGAGGGCAGACCGCGGUAGCGAAGGACGGGUCUGAAAGACGAUCCGGAUGUGGCGAGAUCCACUCGCUUUCCGCUCUCCCGCUCUCCUGUCGAUCGUUCACGGUGCGUCGCGCCGCACGACGACGUUGAAUUCGCGUUGAAAGCGGCGCGAGAGAAAUUUGGUAAUCCGCGAUAAAGGAGCAAACACUGAAAUACAGGGGAAAACGCCGCAGCGACGUUCGCCGGGGACACACGCGGCCGAGCGGAAUUAAAAGUGCGUUUAAAAAGGUUAGCGGGAUAAAAAAGGCGCGCGCGCGAAAGGAUAAGAGAAAGGAAUAGGAGCCACCUCCGAGUCCUUGAGAGUACGGGUAAAAGUGCCGCGCGCAGAGCCAGCCGGUUGACCCUGGGCAGUCAACGGGGCAGACCCCGUUGGAGAAAAAAAAAGUUCUCCGUCAUCGUCGUCGUCGUCGUCGCCCUUAAUCGUCGUCGCGGACGUCGUCAAGGAUCGUUCCGUUCCGGGCUGACGAAUCUCUCUCUCUCCACGACGAAUCUCCUCGCGUUGAGUUUUAGGUGAUCUAAAUAGAGGAAGCGGGUUGUACCGGUAGUGUGCGUGUACACUUGUGUUGCGUUGCGUGCGUGCGUGCGUGCGUGCGUGCGUGCGCGCGAGACAAAACCACGUGUGUGACAUCGCGCGAGCGGGCGCGAGCAGAAGAGCAGCGAGACGAAACGCAAUGACGAGGAGGAUCGUGAAGAACGGCUGAUUGCGAACGACGUCCACGAAGACGGUGUUGGAUCCUCCUCACUCUUGACCGACCGACGGCGCCGAGAUUUUCGUCCGUUUUCCGUUAUGUGCGUUGGAGACCAUGUGCAGCAGUCGCGCGCGUUAAGAACGCGUCCGCGAGUGUAAAGUGAUAACGAAGUGCCGGAUAUAAUACCACCGAGCGUGGUCGCCGCGAGCGUGCUCCUCGUGCACGUUUCUCUCGUUCGUCGUUACCGCUACUGAUCUGUUUCACUCAGUGCCCAGUGGUGGUGAUCCAUACCGCGAAAUAUCAAUGUACGUCACGUGCCCGCAGCGUCGUCCACGUCGCCGAUGUCACGGGAUCACGGCUCGUCGUCGCCGGCUCGCGAAGAGAAUGUUUUUCACAUGACUCGACGAGGUAAUCCCGUGGGAUUUAUACUACAUCGCAUUGCUCAUCCUGGAUACCGCCACCGAUCGCACGUCGGACAGCGAGCGCAGUAGUAGAAAAAGCAUAAGACGAUGUAUUCUGACGGUCUCCUGACGCUCCACUAUGGGAAACAUCCAGCGACCUUGGCCGCAGAGGUCGGGGCCUGGUACAGCGGGGACCGUCACGUGGACGUGACCCUGGCGUGCGACGAUGGGUCCAUCGUGAAGGCCCAUCGUGUCGUUUUGGCAGCCGCCAGUCCCCUUUUAGCUAGUCUACUUCGGAAUCCUGCCCUGGACCACGUGGUUCACUUAUCAGGCGUCCGAAAGACUCAAUUAAAUCAUUUGUUGGAGUUUUUAUACAACGGAGAGGCGCUGAUACCGUCGACAGAGCUGACGCCGUUAAGAGAGCUCUUUGAGCUUUUACAGAUUAAGUCGGAGUUAUUUGAGCCCAAUCAGCCUCAAACUAGCAACUCUGAUCCCGACAGAAUAUCAACUCCACAGCCCUCAGAAGGCCAGGAGAGUUCCAGUUACGAAUCCCAAUACGAUGGCAGACAGUCCAACAAUCCCGCGGACUGUUGCUCAGUCCUUAUUAAAACGGAAGGCUGCGAAGAGGAGCCGGAAGUGGAUGUGGAAGGUGUGGAAGGUGAAAGUCUUCUCUCGGAAAACAGAGAGAGUAGCAUCGAGCCUCCUAGGAGAAGGGAUAGCUCCGAUCCUGUUAAUCUCAGUCUCAAUUCCGGCACUUCCGUCACAAGCGACAGUUCGCACGACAUAAUACACAGGUCUGAGAAGCCGAUAUUCGAGAGGCGAGAAUCUCUUGAGGAAGCAGAAGAGCGGAAGAGGCAGUUGGCAACGCGGUUGGCGUUAGGCUUAGAAUCUGGAAAGAGGAAACUCGACGAAUUACCAAUCCCACCUGCGGAGGCGUAUGUCGUGACGCCUCAUCGAAAGCGACGGCCGGGCUUCCACAACGCUCCCGCACAAAAUCCGGCCUUCGUGCCUUUCAAUCCUGGAUUCGAGACGCCCAGAAGGUUGCAGGCGCCACAUCCCCUGAGCGUUUCGGCACCACCGUACCUGCAGGAUAGAUCGGUGACACCGCCGUCACAUCGACCGCCGAGCGCCGAUCCGACGUCAGCGGCGGUUCUGGAGCCACCUUGGACCGGCUGGACUCUGCCACCCACCAGAGCUCCGCCGCCGCCACCGUCAACGGACGACCCGCCGAAGUCCACCCCUGUGCGAGAGUAUCGAUGCAGCUACUGCGGCAAGCAGUUCGGCAUGUCAUGGAACCUGAAGACCCAUUUAAGAGUGCACACGGGCGAGAAGCCUUUCGCGUGUAGACUUUGCGUUGCCAUGUUCAAGCAGAAAGCCCACUUGCUGAAGCACCUUUGCUCGGUGCACCGAGGUGUAAUAGCCGCGCCCGACAAUACGUUCUCGUGUUGCUUUUGCUCGUCGUCGAACUUCGUUAAUUUGCAGGACCUCAUCAGGCAUCUCUCGGGACCGCACAACAAUCUGCUACUAAGCAGAAAUCUACAUCGUGAAUUCACGAAUCACGAAUAGCGACGAAGUCAAAGGCCGUCCGGUGCUGAGGAGUGUUCCUCGAGUGCGCAAUGACGAGUUUCUCGAGCAGUUUAUCUCACGCUCUUAGGAUCUCGUUGAGGAGGAUGCGAUCGAGACACUCAAUUUUUGUUCAGACUGUUUUAAAAACUGUUUUAAUUUCUGUAAAAUGAGAUAUUUAAAAUUAUCGCUGAGUCUUCCCUACUUGUGAUACACAAAAAAGUAUAUAAUUAUCUAUAUAAUUAUAUAUUUUCCAAUCAUCUUUCUAUUUCGAAAAAUAUUUCUCAAAAAAUAUCUUUAAUAAGAUCUAUUAAUUACUUGUCUCUCCACACAGACAGGUAAUUUCCCAGGUUUUUUUGUCGUAUUACUGGAAAGCAACGAAGAUUCUUUGUGCGCAAUAAUUUUAGAUACUCUAUCAUGUAAUUGUUCGAGUUAUUCCACCAUUUGCAAUGAUUUUCAACUAUUGAAAGUUAUAACAAUUUUUGUAUGAUAUUUUGAUCUGUAUAUAAUGGAAUAUGUCCUUUUUAUACUACAGACAAAAUACAGUUAGAUGUAAAGCAAGAACAAAAAAAUGAUUGGUUUAAUAUGAUAUUGGAAAACAAAUUUACAUGGUCUGAACAAAAUUUAUUUGUAAAUACUGCUGUUUGUCUUCAUAUUUAUUGCUUAAUUAAUUAUUAUCCAGCAAAUAUAGAUAUAAUUACUAUACAACAUUUACGUAAAUAUGUAUGUUUUACAGCUAUGUUACAUGGUUAGUUAUAAUCGAUAUUUGCUGGGUUAAUAAUAAUUUCUAUUCCAAAAGCAUGAAUAAAAUGAUGUUUUUUUUAAUAAGAAAAGAAUAUAAAAAAAA